UAGUAGCGUAUUAGCAUGGCUGAGCUGCUGGGUGAGGUGCUGUAUGAGACCAGUGCUCAGGGUCCUCCGCCUUUAAAAGAUUAUUUCUCCUUUAAAGUCACAAAAACUCAGGUGAUUUGGCAAUGGUGGAAGAUUUCGCUGCGGCUCGACUCUCGACACGCUAAACCAGGAGAAGUGAGAGAGUCACACAGCGAGUAUCUAGAAGACAGACGACUGCAGAGUCAGGUGGCGUUGGUGUUCGGCGAUGGUGUCCUGCAGUACUCGAGGAACCUGUGCCAGGGUCGGUACGACUACCUCCCCCGUCUCUCCGACCCCCUCCUGCUCAGGAUCGCCGCUCAUUUAGAGCUGGAGGACGUCGCUCGCUUCGCUCUCACCUGUCGCAGGUUCAACCAGCUGUGCAGCUCUGAGGACUUUUGGGAGCAGACGGUCCGGCUGCACUGCGACACCGUGACCGCCGGGAUGGAGGACCUGGCCCGAGAGGUGGGGUGGAGGAGCGUGUUCUUCACCGAUAAACUCCAGCUACAGAAACAGAUCAGCCGCCGCAGAGUGAAGAACCACACGGCGUCACAGAGGGAGGAUUCAUCAAGUACCGGAGCGACACGACCAUAAGAACCAGAACCAGAACCUCCUGCCUGAUCAUCACACUCACACACUGCCAAACAUCUACAGAGACUCUCUUUAAGUGCCAUCUCUCAGUAUAUAACACUCCUUUCAUUUAAUCAAAUACACUAUAUGUACAAAAGUACGUGGACGCCCCUUUUUUACUGAAUGUAUGUGUUUCAGACACAACAGUUACUAACAGGUGUAAUAAAUCAAUCAUAUAUUGAAGCAAAUGAUUGACAUCUCAGCCCCACUCAACAGCUCUGGGAUGAACCGGAACAUCAACUGAUCAAUCAGCGCCCAGCCGUUCUUUUGACCACAUGGGCACAAAUUCCCACAGACACACUACAAGUCUUGUAAGAAGCUUCUCAGAAAAUAAAAGAAGAGCGGCUGUUCUAGCUGAAAAGCUCACACAGAGGGGUCAGUCUGUUUUAACACAAGCUCACGGUCAGGCGUCCAAAUACUUUUGGCCCUAUAGUGUAUUUAUAUUCUUAAUAUUUUCUUCUUUCUUAUUUACUCUUGUAGAACCAGACUGCAUUAAAGUGCCAGAACGUGACUAAAACAUU